CAACUCGACUCCAGAGGUGGAAAUUCUGGUUUUCCAGAGCUCUCAGUGCCGGCUCUGGCGCUAUGGGUACCUGGCGGGCCGCACACUCCCGGCCCAGCCGGGCUGACCUUCCAUCCCCUGUCCCCUGCCUCUGGGGCCUAGGAAGCCCCUUCUUCUUUCCCUUGGAUGCACCCCUACCCAAGACUCUGGACACCGGGGGUUCUGCACUGUGGCUGGCUCGAGGAGCCAUCUGGUGACAGCCUCUGGCUGAGCAUGGCCCUCCUAGCCCCGGGCCCGGACCCCUGGAGCCUCCCGGGCCUUUUCCUCUUCUGGCUGUUUCUGCUGCCAUGGCUGCUGACCGCGGGGGCCGCUGGGCAGGGGCCCCUACCCAGGGUCAUAUACCACGCAGGGGACGGACGCAGGGUUCUCAGCCUCUUCCACCAGAAGGGCCUCCAGGAUUUCGACACUCUGCUUUUGAGUGGUGAUGGAGGCACUCUCUACGUGGGGGCUCGGGAGGCCAUUCUGGCCUUGAACAUCCAGGAUCCAGGGAUGCCAAAGCUGAAGAACAUGAUACCCUGGCCGGCCAGUGACCAAAAAAAGAGAGAAUGUGCCUUUAAGAAGAAGAGUAAUGAGACACAGUGCUUCAACUUUAUCCGUGUCCUGGUCUCUCUCAACGCCACCCACCUAUAUACAUGUGGCACCUUCGCCUUCAGCCCCGCUUGUACCUUCAUCGAACUCCAAGACUCCUACCUGAUGCCCAUCUCCCAGGACAAAGUUGUGGAGGGGAAAGGCCAAAGCCCCUUCGACCCCGCCCAUAAGCACACAGCUGUCUUGGCAGAUGGGAUGCUCUAUUCUGGCACCAUGAACAACUUCUUGGGCAGCGAGCCCAUCCUGAUCCGCACGCUGGGACCCCAGCCUGUCCUCAAGACCGACAAUUUCCUCCGCUGGCUGCAGCCGGACGCCUCCUUCGUGGCAGCCAUCCCCUCGACCCACUUCGUCUACUUCUUCUUCGAGGAGACGGCCAGCGAGUUCGAGUUCUUCGAGAAGCUCCACACGUCCCGCGUGGCCAGAGUCUGCAAGAACGACGUGGGCGGAGACAAGCUGCUGCAGAAGAAGUGGACCACCUUCCUGAAGGCGCAGCUGCUCUGCGCGCAGCCGGGGCAGCUGCCUUUCAACGUCGUCCGCCACGCGGUGCUGCUGCCCGCCACUGCCUCCGCAGACGCCCGCGUCUACGCCACCUUCAGCUCCCAGUGGCAGAUCGGUGGGACCAGGAGCUCUGCUGUCUGUGCCUUCUCUCUCAAGGACUUCAGACGUGUCUUUGAGGGGAAGUACAAGGAGCUGAACAAAGAGACUUCACGCUGGACUACUUACGGGGUUCCCGAGAUCAGUCCCCGGCCAGGCAGCUGCUCCGUGGGCCCCUCCUCUGAUAAAGCCUUGACCUUCAUGAAGGACCAUUUCCUGAUGGACGAGCAGGUGGUGGGGACCCCCGUGCUGGUGAAGUCUGGCGUGGAGUACACGAGACUCGCGGUGGAGACAGUCCAGGGCGUCGACGGGCACAGCCAUCUGGUCAUGUACCUGGGCACCACCACGGGGUCCCUCCACAAGGCUGUGGGGAGUGGGAACAACAGUGUCCAUCUGGUGGAGGAGAUCCAGCUGUUCCCUGAACCUGAACCUGUCCGCAACCUGCUGCUGGCCCCCGCACAGGGUGCGGUGUUUGCGGGCUCCUCAAGGGGCAUCUGGCGGGUCCCACGAGCCAACUGUAGCGUCUAUGAGAGCUGUGUGGACUGUGUCCUUGCCCGGGACCCCCACUGUGCCUGGGAUCCAGAGUCCCGGACCUGCCGCCUCCUGCCCACCCCCAUCCCGAAGUCCUGGAGGCAGGACAUGGAGCAAGGGAACCCACGGUUCGCCUGUGCCACUGGCCCCGUGGGCAGAAGCCGCCAGCCUCAGAGCCGCCCCGAAAUCAUUAAAGAAGUCCUGUCUGUCCCCAACUCCAUCGUGGAGCUCCCCUGCCCCCGCCUGUCAGCCCUGGCGUCUUACCGCUGGAGUCACGGCAAAGCGGCGGUCCCAGAGGCCUCUGCGGCGGUCUACAACGGCUCCCUGCUGCUGCUGCUGCAGGACGGGGCGGGGGGCCUGUACCAGUGCUGGGCCACCGAGAACGACUUUUCCUACCCUGUGGUCUCCUACUGGGUGCACAGCCAGGAUCAGCCCCUGGCCCUGGACCCCGAACUGGCGGGCAUCCCCCGGGAACGUGUGGAGGCCCCGCUGACCAGGGUCGGGGGCGGGGCCGCCCUGGCCGCCCAGCGGUCCUACUGGCCUCACUUCCUCACGGUCACUGUGCUCCUGGCCCUCGUGCUUUCUGGAGCCCUCCUCCUUCUCCUUGCCUCCCCGCUGGGGGCGCUCCGAGCCCGGGGCAAGGUGCGGGGCUGUGAGACCCUGCCUCCCGGGGAGAAGGCCCCCCUGAGCAGAAAGCAGCACCUCCAACCUCCCAAGGACCACACGACCUCGGCCGGCGAGGCGGACGCGGACAACCACCAUCUGGGCUCUGAGGUGGCUUAAACUCUGGGCGCAGACCGGGGCUGUAGGGCGGGCAGGGCGCCUGGCCAUGCCGGCUGUGGGGACCUGGGACUUGGUGGGGGAGUACCACGCAAGACCACCUUUUCCUGCCACUGUGUGCCACCAGGAGCCCUCAGCGGGGCUGGACACAGCGGCCUGACCCCCUGUGGGCCUUCCUUCCACCACGCACACAGGCUCUCCAGCUUGGCUGUUCCAGAACCCUCUGGCGGGGGGGGGGGGGGGGGGGGCGGGGCGGGUUCCAGGACCCUGUGGUAAUAAACACCAACAUACAAACGGGACAGCACGCCAGUACCCCUGGCGACCCCACUCUGGUCGCAGCCGCCAUCUCACCUCAGACGCCAGCGCCCCCCUCCCGGGGAUCUGCAGGGAGAUGCGCCCUCCCCCUCCCUUGUCAACCAUGCACCGCUGACUCCCAGGAAGUCUUUCUGGAAGUCUGACCACCCUCCUUCUUGCUUCGGUUGGGGAGAUUGUGAUCCCUGCUGGCCUGGCUGGAGUAACAGGGGUCGUCUGAGCCUUGUUCACUCCUUUGCUGUGGCUGACCCCUUGAUCUUUGUCCUCUCCCCUCCUUUAUUUUGGGAUUCAGAAAACUGCUUGUCACAGACAGUUUAUUUUUUAUUAAAAAGACAAAGCUU